CGCUUAAGGAGGAGGAACUUAUGCUGAUUUUUUGAGCGCCUAGCGAUACUACGUGAACUGUCUAGUGCGAAUACCUAUUGUAGAUCAUUAUGGGUCGAAAAGGCACCGUGUACAGAUGUGUUAGAAAGAAAAGAUAUACAUCUGCUUUAAGAAAAGCAAAUGAAGCAAGGAAAAUCAAGAACACUGCCAUUCAUUCAUGUUCUGUUACGUUAGAUAUAGAAAACGUCGAUACAGAGGCCACGAUACCAAUCGCCGUAGUUCCUUCAUCUGACGAACCUUUAAUGCAAGCACGUAACGAGAUAGAUACGACAAUGACCGUAGAAAAAGAAUCCGAGGAUAAUAUCAGUUGCGGAAUGGUUCGCAGGAAAGCUCAGCUUUCUCGGGAAUCGUCUAAAGCAAGGCGACUAAGACUUUUACGUCGCAAUGAGACGGAAGAUGAAAAUAUGAAAAGGUUACAAAAACAACGACUGAUUAACAGAAAUAACCGGCUGAGGGAAUCAAGCGCAGAACGAUUUAAGCGUUUGAAUGAACAAAAAGAGCGAACUGCUUCCAAAAGAGCACGAAGGAAAUACAUUUUAAAAUCAGCCUCUUAUGACGCUAGCGCUAAUCGCUCUGCAUCAAAUGAUAUUAAUAUUGAUAGGAUGAAUAACAUUCGCAAAAAAAUUCAAGUACAGAAAUUCGAAACUGAACCUGGCAGAUGCUGUAGCAGUAGCAAAUUUGCUGCAAUGACUGAUUUAGAGAGUGACAUACAAACCGAAGCAGAGUGCGAUCCCUUAGAAUGUCGCGCGUGUUUGCAAAUAAUGAACGCGGAUUCUGUUUCAUACAAUAUAUUCGAGAGUUGGACGCCGCCUUGGGAUGGAAUGGAAAAUAGUAUAGCGGAGGACCUAGCGAAAAUAGCAAAUCUACAGAUAUCAGAAACGGACAGACAUUCCAAAGUAAUAUGUGAGACGUGCUGUCAACUAUUGCUAAAUGCGUGCAAUUUUGCAGCAAUUGUUAAGAGGAAUGAUCAAAUACUUAGUGAAAGAUAUACAGAUGAUACAACAGAGCAGAAGCCAUUUAAUGAAAAGGUCUGGCCUAAGCCCAUACAAGUUGACAAAUCAUUAGCUAGUUCUAUGUACGACAAUCCUAUGAAUGUUGAAAUUAAGCAAGAAGUCCUAUCUGAUGAAGAAAAUGAAUAUCCUGUUAUAAACGGCACAUAUGAAACCUCUAGAGAAGAAAUACCAAACAUGGACAUUAUUAAAAUUGAACCUGAAGAAAUGAUUCAGCAGCAACCUCUGCAAAUAAAAGUCACAGUGAAUGGAAGUAUCCCGUUAGAAGAAUUAAAUACUAAGGAAUCACAUUUAACUAAUGGAAAUAGUGAUAAUGGGGAUCAUUUGAUCUCCGAAGUCAAGGAGGAGCCGUUGAGCGAAGAAGAUGACGUAGAUCCAGUACAUUCAGAUCUGUCACUUGAAUGUAUGCUUUGUAUGAAAGCAUUUAAUAGUGUUACUGGAUUGAAGGCACAUGUAAUCGCACAGCAUUCCUACAAGUCAGUCAAGCGAAAGAGUCAGAACAGCUUGUCACCGGAAAAGAAAAAAUGUAAAUAUAUCUGUGCUAUAUGUAGACGAAGUUUUACAACAUCGACAGACUUAAUGGUACACGAGACAUGCCAUAAUAAAAGUGUGUGCUAUGGCUGUAAUGAGAAUUUCGACACAUUUGAUGAGUUGACGACACACAGACGGACGUGCAAAGCAAUAUCAAACAAAGAAAUAACAAAGCUCAAAACCCUUGAUGAUGUUUUAAGACCCCAGAUGAAAGAGGAAAUAAAUGAACUGAAAUGUGAAUUUUGUCAUGAAAAAUUCUCAGACGUAUACUAUAUGAAUAUUCAUCAAGAAAUACAUCAUUCGAAUAGUGAAGAAAAUGAGGCUGAUGAUAAAAAUAGCAUGGAAGUCGAUUUUGAAAAAGUUUUUACUUCAAGUAAGAAAAAAGAGUUGAACAAUGAAUAAAAAGUAAUCACUAAUGUACUGUCACAUUGUGUUAAAUUUAUUCAAUUUAAAAUGUUCAAACAUUGACUUGAAUUAGUUAAUGUCUAAUAAUGUAUUUUUUUUUGUCAUUAAUAAAUUGUCAGGAGUUAUUGUACUUCAAUGAUUAAUAUUCUUUUGAUUAAAAUUUAAAUAAAAAUUAGACCUCAAGACUCUUUGACUGUUUUAAUGAUAAUUAAAAAGUUGUAACAUGAAUAUAAAUAGUUUAAAUAGAUUAAGCUUUCAUGAACAUUUGUAAAGUAAAGCAUCCC